CACUGUUGGUUCUGGUGCUGCAACUUCAGUACUCAAAUUUUGGUUGAUUUCUCAGACUCAAUGAAAUUGAGAAUGCUCGUGGUAUCAUGGAUGUUCUAGCAGAGAUGUUGAAUGCCUUGGAUCCUGUGAACAGAGAGGGUUUGAAACAGGAGGUAUUUGUUGACCUUGUCGGUCAAUGCCGUACCUACAGACAGAGAGUAGUGCAUCUCGUUAACACAACCUCAGAUGAGGAGCUGCUUAGCCAAGGACUUUCCUUGAAUGAUGAUUUGCAGAAUGUGCUAGCAAAGCAUGAUGCUAUUGCUGCAGGUACUGCUGUUCAUGAUGAGAAACAAAAAUCUGCACUUGACCAUGUUGAUGAUUCUUCAGCUAGCAAAGAGUCAGAUCAAAGGUUGUCAACUGCAAGUUCAAGCUCAAGUAACCAGCCGCCUCCUCUUCAGCAAUCACUGCUACAUGGAUCUCCUGCAUCCUGUGAUUCAGCAAUCUCUUCCGCAAAAAUUGAACCCAGUAUGGACCUUAUUAGUGGUGAUGACUACAAUAAACCUGCAACAGAGAAUCUGCUAGCUCUUGUUCCUGCCAGUGAACCACUUACCAAUGUUGCUUCUGAGCAGAACGUCUUAAGGCUUGCAGAAAUGUUUCCUCCUAUCAUAUCUAACAGUAGCAGCACAAAUCCUGCAAACCGUUUUGAUUCGAAUUCUGGAAUUCCUGCACAACAGACAUAUCCUGCUGGAACCAACAUUCAGCUGCAGGUGCACCUAAUACAACAGCCUGCCCUUUUUACUAGUGGAGGCAUCCAAAGCUCAGGAGCACCUCAAUUUGAGCAGGCAAGUCGUGAUCAGGGAGUGCAGCUAACCCACAUGAGCAUUGUGUGGGAUGGUCAACUUUCUCCAGCAUAUAAUCCAGAGGAACAGGCACUAAGUUAUGAUGAUCAAGCUGGUGCACUUCCCCCACCACCAUGGGAGGUGCAACCUGCGCAGAAUGAUUUGCCAGGUUUGCAGCCUCAACCAUUUCAAAUUGAUCAGCUUGGAGACAUGCAUUCCUUGCCAAUACAAACCGGCCAGCUUGAAGGCGCUCAACCUCAACCCUCGCUGGCCGGCCAGCUGGGAAAAAUGCACCCACAGCAUGUACUGGGCACCCUGCUCGAAGGGUUACAACCUCAGCUUGCACAAAGCAGUCAGGUGGUAGGCGUGUAUCCUCCGAUGCAAAACAGCCGGAUGACAGCCAUGCAUCAACAGCAAAUGUUUGGAGGCCGUGUCGCCGAUAUGGGUCAACAGUCCAUGCAGGGAGUUCGGCUGACAGGCUACGGAUUUGGGCAGCAACCAGAUGCUCAAUACUAUGAUCCAAUGAGUUCAACAUACCCUUAUUCUAAUCCAACUGAGCUCUCACAUGGAAUGUAUGGGCUGUCCGUGCAAGAUAAUAGCACAUAUGAAGGUAGUAACAAUUCUUCCUACCAGAUGCCUACCAUAUCCUCAUCUAACCUGCAGCAACUGAACAAGCCAAUGAAGCCUGAGGACAAGCUUUUUGGUGAUCUUGUUAGUAUGGCCAAAACAAGACAAACUAAACCUACUGUCAGCAGGGUCCAGGGUUUGUAAAAUUUAACGAGCAGAACUGUUUUUUCAUGCUGAUUCUGGUGCUUGAUUAUUAUGUAUUUUCUCUUGUCUGCAAAUCUCCAUUUGUAUUUUGUCCUCUUUUUAUCAAUCAUUCACUUCAUUUUGGAGGAUAGAGGUGAUUAAAGAGAUCUGAUGUACAGUGUUGCUUACAUGUUUGAUGAUUCAGA